AUGGACGGAGGACCAACUGACGUUGUGGUUGAGGCCAAGGACAGCAUCACCUAUGAGGGGGAGGAGGUGGUGGCAGACCUGCUCCAGCAAGCAGCAGAGGGGGUGAUGGACGAGCAGCCAGCGGGAGAGGCAUGUCUAGAUCCCCAGCAGCUGGUGGAUGGAGUCAAUGUGGAGAUGAUGGUAAUGGAUUCCCUGGACCCGGCCCUGCUGCAGAUGAAGACUGAGGUGAUGGACGCCCCUGUGGUCACAGCCCACGAGGCCACUGUCACCACUGUGGAUGAGACCCAGAUCAUCACUCUGCAGGUUGUCAAUUUGGAGGAGCAGCAGCUUGGAGGCCUUGGGGAGCUACAGCUAGUCCAGGUGCCUGUCUCUGCUGUGCCCGUAACGCAGGCCACUGUAGAGGAGCUACAGGGAACCUUUGUGGACGCCACGGCCAUGCCCAAAGAUGGAAAUCCUAUGAUCUGCCACACCCUGCCCCUGCCAGAGGGCUUCCAGGUGGUGAAGGUGGGUGCGAAUGGUGAGGUGGAGACAGUGGAGCAGGAUGAGCUCCAGCACCAGGAGGAGCAGCAGGUCCAGCCUGAGGAGGAGGAGGAGGAGGAGCUGCACUGCGAGCCCCAGACUGAAGACCCACAAUGGACCACGGACCCAGACUACCAGCCCCCAGCCAAGAAGACUGCCAAGAAGGCAAAGAAGAGCAAGCUGCGCUACAACACAGAGGGGGACAAAGACAACAUGGAUGUGUCUGUCUAUGACUUUGAGGAGGAGCAGCAGGAGGGGAUGCUCUCUGAGGUCAACGCGGAGAAGGUGGUGGGCAACAUGAAGCCCCCCAAACCCACCAAGAUCAAGAAGAAGGGUGUGAAGAAAACAUUCCAGUGUGAGCUGUGUAGCUACACCUGUCCCCGCCGCUCCAACCUGGACCGACACAUGAAGAGCCAUACGGACGAGAGGCCCCACAAGUGCCAUCUGUGUGGAAGGGCCUUCAGGACCGUUACCCUGCUGAGGAACCACCUCAACACACACACAGGUACCAGACCACACAAGUGUCAAGAUUGUGACAUGGCCUUUGUGACCAGCGGAGAGCUGGUCCGACAUCGUCGCUACAAGCACACUCAUGAGAAACCCUUCAAGUGCUCCAUGUGUGACUAUGCCAGUGUGGAGGUGAGCAAGCUGAAGCGGCACAUCCGUUCCCACACCGGGGAGCGUCCGUUCCAGUGCAGUCUGUGCAGCUACGCCAGCAGAGACACCUACAAGCUGAAGAGACACAUGAGGACACACUCGGGAGAGAAGCCAUAUGAAUGCUACAUCUGCCACGCCCGUUUCACCGAGAGUGGAACCAUGAAGAUGCACAUCCUGCAGAAGCACACAGAGAACGUGGCCAAGUUCCACUGCCCCCACUGUGACACAGUUAUCGCCCGCAAGAGUGACCUGGGUGUCCAUCUGCGUAAGCAGCACUCGUUCAUUGAGCAGGGCAGGAAAUGCCGUUACUGUGAUGCUGUGUUCCACGAGCGCUACGCUCUCAUCCAGCACCAGAAGUCCCACAAGAAUGAGAAACGCUUCAAGUGUGACCAGUGUGACUACUGCUGCAGACAAGAGCGCCACAUGCUGAUGCACAGGCGCACGCACACAGGAGAGAAGCCUUACUCCUGUAGCCAGUGCGAGAAGACCUUCCGUCAGAAGCAGCUCCUGGACAUGCACUUCCGGCGCUACCAUGACCCCAACUUUGUGCCGACUGCCUUUGUGUGCACAAAGUGUGGCAAGACCUUCACCCGCAGGAACACCAUGGCCAGACAUGCAGAGAACUGUAACGGGGAUCCUGGUGAAGGAGAGAAUGGAACCCCACCCAAGAGAGGACGAGGUGGGAGGAAGAGGAAGAUGCGCUCAAGGAAGGACGAUGAUGACGACGACAGUGAGGACAAUGCUGAUCCUGAGCUGGAUGACAUUGAUGAAGAGGAUGAGGAGGCUGAGGCGGCACUGCUGGAGGAUGAAGAAGAGGAGGAGGAGGAGAUGGAGUUGGAGCAGGCUCCACCCACCAAGCCUAUCCCUGCCCCUGUGGAGCCUCCCGUGAAGAGGAAACGCGGUAGACCACCCAAGAAUGCGCCCAAACCCGCCUCACCUGCCAAAGCUAGCAAGGCUACCCCUAAGGGCAAGGCUGCUGCAGCAGCCAUCAUCCAGGUGGAGGAUGAGAAUACAGGUGCCAUAGAGAACAUCAUAGUGAAGAAUGAGCCAGAGGCUGAGCAGGCUGCCAUAGAGGUGGUGGUUGAGCAGUCAGAGGAGGCAGGGGUGGCGCUGCCUGUAGCAGAGGUUGCGUCCAACGGAGAUCUCACCCCUGAGAUGAUCCUCAGCAUGAUGGACCGGUGA